AUGGUUGACUUGCUGGUGCAGGAGGACAUUCGCCAAGCAGAUGCCGACGACUCGACGACCGGUGCCUGCAUGGAGUACCUGCUAGACAAUGACGUGCUCGACGACCUGGUGAAACUGGCCGAGGCCGACGUGCCGGUGGGAGUGCGCGGUGUGGUGAUUAGCAACCUGUCGACGUUUAUCAAUCUGACCGACGACAAGCUGCUGGUGCAGAAGGCCGUCCACAACCCCAUCCUGGCGCUGCUGCGAGCGUACCUCCAGACAGAAAACAACGGCAUUAGCCAGUCAACAGCCAGCCUGUUCGACGCGAAGAUGCAUGCGUAUGACGACGAGUUUGUCGACUUGAUGUACGCGCUGUGCAGCAAGAUCCGGGGCGAGCCGAUGCUGCUAAACAUCUUUUUCCAGGACCGGCGGUGGUUGCGCAGCCUGGAGCAGCGCUGUCUGUCGUCUGACUCGAUACCGGCGAUGAACCGCAGCUUCAUCCUGUUCUCGCACCUGUUGCGAUUCGUGCAUAUCGAGGGCAAGGCAGGCGACACCGCGCGCACCAGCCUGCUAUCAUGGCCUCGAAUGGCGGCGCCACGGCGCUUCGAGCGAUUCAUCCUCGACGACAGCGGCUUUGCUCCGCUAUUGGCAGCUAGUCUGGGCGCACUGUACUCACAGCUGCCGCGCAGCCUGACGCUCUACACAGCCGACCUGCAGAAUGCCAUUGAGUCGUCGAUUUUCGCGGCCGGUGGCGCAGGCGAGCGCGGUGAGGACCGCGGGGCAAUCAGCUCGACCAGCCCGCAGUUCCGCAGCCGCCUGGCAUGGUUUGCCCAGCUACUGGGAUUCGUCCAGGAGGUGCUGUUCCGGUGCCCGUCGCUGGCCAUCUGCGGCGAGGUCCUGCGGCAUCUGCGCGAGCACUUUUUGCGGGCGAUCCUCUACCCAAGCCUGCUGGAGAGCUCCGACACCGACGGCAGCAGCAUUGCAGUCAUGGUCUAUCUGGAGCUGAUGCUCGCCACUGCCCGCCACGAGGACCUGGUUGCCGCCAUCAUGGAAUUCCUGACAGAGGAGCCGAGCGCUGGCGGGCAGGAGUCGUGCCUGCCGUUCACAUUGCGUGAUCUGAUAUACACAAAUCUGCAGUCGACGGUCUCGACCGACGCGGUCAUCGCCGCGCUCAACCUCCUGCGGCUGGUGCUAUCCAGACAUUGUCGCUACGCCGCGCGCCUGGUGGAGCUCGAGAAGGUGGCCGCCAGUGGCAGCACCAACGUGUGGAUGAUGAACUGCACCGUGGCCAUCGACGUGCACCGCCAGGAGCUGGAAAUGGCAAUGGUCCGCUCGCCGGCUCGACCCGACCACGACGGGCUGUAUAUCCCGUGGCGGCGUGAGGCCGCACAGCAGCCGUCGAACCGGCGCGCGCUGGUGCCCGAGUCAUUCGUCAUUGGCUACGAUGAGUACCUGGAGGACGCAGCGCACGAGUGGGAGGCUCACGAAGCGUAUCAUUUCGAGAUCGACGCGCUAACCGAAGUGCAGCGCACACGCGACCGUCUCGCCCACUCUGGCACUCUGUCGCCCAUGGCCAAGUCUGGCAUCGGCAUCGGCAUCGGCAUCGGCGUCGCCCGGCCCGUGAUGCGACCGCCAGCAACCCCAGCAACCGCUGCCCCCGAAACCUGUAGCAGCAAGCCGAAGCCGCGCAUCCGCUGGCGAGUCAAGCAGUCGGACCCAGUGGUGCGCGUGCUGAUGGGCCUGCUGGCGCGGUACUUUGCACAGCCGCGCGAAUGCAAUCUGGCGCUGACCGGCGUGCUGGCUGCGCUGAUCUGGCUUGACAAUCUGCGCAAUCUCAGCGACUCCGCUGACAGCGACACAACGGCAACGAUCUGCAUCGGCGCACCGGCAAUUCUAGCCGCCGAUGCCUCGCAGUUCCUCGGCCUCGACAAGGAGCUGCAGGACGCAGUACGCGCGUUGCCGCAUGGUGCUACGCCGCCUGCGCUCUACCAGCAGGUUCUGCGCAAUGAAGUUCCUGGCUUUGACAGUCGGCUACGGCGCGCGCGCAACGCCUUGAUGGGCAUUGUUGAGGACGCUGACGCGCUGGAUCUGGAGCUGGAGGCUGCCAAUCCGCCACGCCGCGACCGUGGCCUCUCAUCGGCCAGUCUCGAGCACGUGCGCAAUGUCCUGCCCCCGCCGCCAGUGCGCCGCGACAGCCUGCCCAGACGUCAGGACAAUGACAGCACACAUAAUACCCGGCAGGCAAUGCUGGCGAACCCGCUGGCGGGCAACUGGCAGGCGCUGAGCGUGCCGCCCAAGGACGCAAACAUCGCAGAGUUCCUCGAAAACGUCAUUAUCCUGCAAGAGUCAAUCAAGGAGAUCAUUGCCCGCGUCCAGGUGCGCCGUGAGAACGGCGGCGACGAGGAUGCCAUCGUGUAA